AUGUCGCUCUCUUCGCAGAUUGCAGCUCGCUGCUGCAGAUACCUUGCCCGGCCCUCCGUUCGCAUUUCUUCCACCACAUAUCUGACCCAGCGGACACCCAGCCGGAGGUGGCAGACGACCGAAGCGCAGGCUGCUGCUCCUGCCAACCCCAAGAUUACCCAGAUUGUCGACCAGAUCAGCCAAUUGACGCUUCUGGAGACGGCGGAUCUUGUUGCCAGCUUGAAGUCCCGCCUGAACAUCCCCGACCUCCCCAUGGGCGGUUUCGCCAUGGCUGCCGGCCCUGGAGCCGGUGCCGCUGCCCCCGUUGAAGAAGAAGAGGCCGCCCCCGCCGUUCAGGAAAAGACUCUUUUCAACCUGAAGCUUGAGGCCGUGGACGCCGCCUCCAAAGCCAAGGUCAUCAAGGAGAUCAAGGGUCUGCUCGGCCUCUCCCUCGUUGACAGCAAGAAGUUCGUCGAGUCGGUACCCAAGGUCAUGAAGGAGUCGGUUCCCAAGGAAGAGGCCGAGAAGAUCAUCGAGACCCUCAAGGCCGUCGGCGGCAAAGUCAUCAUGGAGUAA